GUAUGUGGUGCUGACCACGAAGCACCACGAAGGCUUCACCAACUGGGGCUCUCCCGUGUCCUGGAACUGGAAUUCCGUGGAUACAGGGCCCCACAGAGACCUUGUGGGAGAGCUGGGCCAAGCCCUGAGGGAGAGCAACCUCCGUUAUGGGCUGUAUCACUCCCUCAUGGAGUGGUUUCACCCUCUCUAUCUCGCUGACAAGCAAAGUGGCUUCAAGACCCACAACUUUGUGUUAAAGAAGACGAUGCCAGAACUGUAUGAUCUUGUCUUAAAAUACAAACCAGACCUGAUUUGGUCGGAUGGAGACUGGGAAGCUCCAGACUCGUACUGGAACUCGACCUCUUUCCUUGCCUGGCUCUAUAACGACAGUCCUGUCAAGGACACUGUGGUUGUCAACGACCGUUGGUGUAACAACUGCUCCUGCCACCACGGAGGCUACUACAACUGUGCUGACAAGUACAAGCCAGGGACCCUGCCAGCCCACAAGUGGGAGAUGUGCUCCUCCAUUGACAAGCUCUCCUGGGGCUAUCGAAGCAACAUGAGCAUUGCUGAAGUCAUGGAUGAAGCAAGUAUCAUUGAGGAGCUGGUGCAGACUGUGAGUUUGGGAGGCAACUACCUUCUCAAUGUGGGACCUACAAAAGAAGGAGUGAUUGCCCCCAUCUUCCAGGAAAGACUCCUGGCCCUUGGGAGGUGGCUGGACACCAAUGGGGAGGCCAUUUAUGAAUCAAAGCCUUGGAGAGUGCAGGUGGAAACCAGCCCUGACACAGUCUGGUAA